AAGAAAAUGAAAAAGAAAAAAACAAGCUUCUCAACUACAGCAAAGAUAGAGGCUUGGCGUUGGAGGGUUUUUGCUUUGCAUAUUGUUCUUUUUCAUUUUUUUCCUUCUUGCUUUUCCUCUUCACUUUAUAUCUCUACACUUUACCUUCUUCUUCUUCUUCCUCUUCUUCUCCUUCUGAUCUUUUCCUUCAUCAAAAACAGCUCUGACUGUGAGGAAGAAAGAGAAAAAACCCCAUUACAAUGGCUGACAUUACUCACCCUCCCAUGGAACAACUUCAAGACCUUGAGUACUGCAUAGACUCUAAUCCUCCUUGGGCGGAAACCAUUCUCCUAGCUUUCCAGAAUUACAUUCUGAUGCUAGGCACCAAUGUGAUGAUUCCAUCCUUAAUUGUCCCAGCAAUGGGUGGAGACAACGGAGACAAAGCACGAGUUAUACAGACUCUUCUUUUUGUAGCUGGCUUAAAUACACUUCUCCAAGCACUUUUUGGAACUAGAUUACCAGCAGUAGUUGGAGGCUCCUUUGCCUAUGUUAUUCCUAUAGCUUACAUUGUUGGAGACUCUUCGUUGCAACGGAUUAGCGAUUCUCAUGAAAGAUUUUUACAUACGAUGCGUGCCAUUCAAGGAGCUCUAAUUGUAGCCUCAAGCAUACAAAUCAUUCUUGGUUACAGCCAAGUUUGGGGUUUACUCUCACGUUUCUUCAGUCCAUUGGGCAUGGCACCUGUUGUUGGAUUGGUUGGCCUUGGGUUGUUUCAACGAGGAUUUCCAGUGCUGGGGGAGUGUGUGGAAAUUGGUCUGCCCAUGCUGAUACUGAUCAUUGGACUAUCACAAUAUCUAAAGCAUGUGAGACCCUUCAGAGAUCUUCCAAUUUUUGAGAGAUUUCCUGUGUUGAUCUGUGUCACAAUUGUUUGGAUCUAUUCAGUUAUCUUAACUGCAAGUGGGGCUUAUCGAAACAAGCCAAUGAAAACCCAAAUAAGUUGUCGAACUGACAGAGCGAAUCUUAUUACUACUGCCCCGUGGUUCAAGUUUCCAUAUCCUUUGCAAUGGGGGCCUCCUACAUUUUCAGCAGGUCAUUCAUUUGCUAUGAUGGCCGCUGUUCUUGUUUCAAUGGUUGAGUCCACUGGUGCAUACAAGGCAGCAUCUCGCUUGGCAAUUGCAACUCCUCCUCCUGCUUAUGUACUUAGCCGAGGCAUUGGUUGGCAGGGGAUUGGUGUCUUGCUGAAUGGUCUCUUUGGAACAAGCACUGGUGCAACUGUUGCUGUGGAGAAUGUGGGACUUCUCGGGCUUACCCGCGUAGGAAGUCGAAGGGUUGUCCAAAUUUCUGCUGGUUUCAUGAUAUUUUUCUCUACCUUGGGUAAAUUUGGAGCAGUCUUUGCAUCCAUACCCAUCCCCAUCUUUGCUGCAAUUUACUGUGUUCUCUUCGGCCUUGUCGCUUCAGUUGGACUAUCAUUUCUCCAGUUCACAAACAUGAAUUCAAUGAGAAACCUCAUGAUCACAGGACUUUCACUAUUUCUAGGAUUAUCCAUUCCCCAGUUUUUCAAUGAGUACUGGAACCCAGCCCGACGAGGACUCGUCCAUACAAACGCCGAAUGGUUCAAUGCAUUUCUUAACACGAUAUUCUCAUCGCCGGUGACAGUGGCGUUGGUAGUGGCAGUGUUUCUUGACAACACAUUGGAAGUAGAGAAAUCAAAGAAAGACAGAGGAAUGCCAUGGUGGGUGAAGUUCAGAACCUUUAGAGGAGACAACAGAAAUGAAGAGUUUUACACUUUGCCAUUCAAUCUCAACCGUUUUUUCCCGCCAACUUAGAUUUUGAAUUUAAAUUUGAAUUUGAAUUUCAGUUUAGCUUUAAUUUUUAAUUUUUAAUUUUUUUUGUUUCUCCUCUUCUCUUACCCAAAUCAGAUUUAAGAGAGAACCCUUGGGCCAAAGCUUCAGUCUAUUUUGUCUUUACAUUUUUUGUGGACCAUUUGUAAAUGGGUCCUUCAUGAUUCUAGAGAAUUUGAUCCAUGCUUUUGUAGAUGCAAUAAAAUAAUAUAUCGCAAAUUAGGGUUGUUCA